AUGGCACCCACCUCGUCGGCCAGCUCGUCGUCUGACGCCGAGCCCGGCCAGCCCAUGGCUUCGUCUCUCGCUGGCCUCCCCGUCGGCGCCCAGUCGCCCCAGGGCGCGAGCAAGGGAGAGCCCAAGGGCCUCCAGGACACGCUCGACCUCGCUAAGCUCGAGCAGAAGCGCCUCGAGCACGAAAAGCAGCGCGAGCUGCAAAAGAAGGCCUUCGAGGAGCAGAUGAAGGAGCUUGAGCGCCAGCAGCAGCUCGAGGAGCAGGCCCUUCUCGGCAAGUCCGGCGGCCCGAUCCGCUCGCGCUCGGGCAACGACCUCGCCUCGUUCAACGGCGACGCGUCGACCGCGUCCAAGUACGCCGCCGCCAAGAGCAUGCCCGGCUCGCGCCGCCACUCGGGCGAGCUCAAGGACGGCGAGGCCAAGGACGGCGAUGCCGCCGCCGCCGGCGCCCGCAAGCAGCCCAACGGCGCCCAGCAGCAGCGCGACGCCGACGGCAAGCCCAUGCUCAACAGCUUCCUGUUCGACGACGAGCUUGACGCGGACCUCCAGAACUCGGCCUGGGGCGGCAAGUACCUGCAGAUGAACAACGACGACGAUAAGUUCCCGAUCCUGGUCCGCCGCGGCGACGGCCAGGGCCUCACGCCCGCUCGUGCCGGCGGCGAGUGGCCCGCCUUUGCCGGCGGCGCUCCGAACGUGUCGGCCUCGGCCUCGACGCCCACCACCCCGGCGGGCGUCUCGCCCGGUGCGCGCUCGAACGCGCUCCCGCCGCCGACCCAGAGCGAGCGCGCGUCGCCCAACGGCGCCGGCCUGUCCAAGGUCAACGGCGGCGCGAGCGGCGCCAUCGGCUCGGGCGCCGUCGACGCCCUCGGCGACCAGUUCUCCAACUUCUCGAUCGACACCAAGGUCUUUUCGCCCUCGUCGUCGGGCGUCGACGUGUCGGGCGUGUCGUCCCUCUCGACGCCGUUCCUCGGCGGCGGCGGCGGCGGCUACGUGCACGACCACGGCGCGUUCGUCUACGGCGGUCCGGCGGGCGGUGCCGGCAGUCGCGGCGAGGGCAUGGGCGCCAACCGGUUCGCCGGCCUGCGCCUCGAGGACCUCCAGGGCGACAUGCUCUCGCUCUGCAAGGACCAGUUCGGCUGCCGUUACCUCCAGAAGAAGCUCGAGGACGGCAACCCCGAGCACCGCGACAUGAUCUUCAACGAGGUGUUCCCGCACUUCGCCGAGCUCAUGACGGACCCGUUCGCCAACUACCUCGCCCAGCGCCUCCUCGAGUACGCGACCGACGAGCAACGCGACGCCCUCAUCGAGUCGAUUUCGGGCGAGCUCGUGUCGAUCUCGCUCAACAUGCACGGCACGCGCGCCGUCCAGAAGAUGAUCGACUUCCUGUCGACCCAGCGCCAGGUCCAGAGCCUCAUCCUCGCCCUCAACCUCAACGUCGUCACGCUCAUCAAGGACCUGAACGGCAACCACGUCAUCCAGAAGUGCCUCAACGCGCUCCCGCCCGAGGACAACCAGUUCAUCUACAACGCCGUCGCGACGCACUGCAUCGAGGUCGCGACGCACCGUCACGGGUGCUGCGUCCUGCAGCGCUGCAUCGACCACGCGUCCGAGAGCCAGCGCAUCCAGCUCGUGACCGAGAUCACGUACAACUCGCUCACGCUCGUCCAGGACGCGUUCGGCAACUACGUCGUCCAGUACGUGCUCGACCUCAACGACAACCGGUUCAUCGAGGCCAUCGUGCGCCAGUUCCUCGGCAACGUGUCGGCCCUGUCGGCGCAAAAGUUCUCGUCCAACGUCGUCGAGAAGUGCAUCCGCGUCGCCGACGCGACGGGCCGCCGCGCCAUCAUCGACGAGCUCCUCGUCAAGAACCGCCUCGAGCGCCUCUUGCGCGACUCGUUCGCCAACUACGUCGUCCAGACCGCGCUCGACUACGCCGAGCCCGCGCAGCGUGCCCAGCUCAUCGAGACGAUCCGCCCGAUCCUGCCCAUGAUCCGCAACACGCCGUACGGCAAGCGCAUCCAGUCCAAGAUCCAGCGCGAGACGAGCGACCACAUGCGCCACGGCGGCGGCGGCGGGUACCACCACCACCAGCACUUUGUCCCCGCCGGCGGCUUCUACGGCGUCGGCCCGCCCAUGCACCACGGCGCGCCCCCGCCGCACGCCCUCAACGCGCACUACAUGGGCGGCCCGCCGCCGCACAUGGCCGGCAUGCACGGCGUCGGCCCUCCUCCGCCGCACGCGUUCGGCGACUAUGCGCGCGCCGGCUCGCCCUACGGCCUCCCGCCGCACCACGCCGCGCACCUCGGCGCGUACGGCGCGCCGCCGCCGCCGCCGCAGGCCAUGGGCCCGCCGAUGGGCCACGGCGGCCCGCACGGCGCGCCGCACGGCAUGCAGCAGCCGCAGCAGAACGGCGCCGGCGCCGGCGGACCGGGCCCGCAGGGCCAGGCGGCGUUCGCGCCCUUCCCCGGCGUGUCGCCCGGCGGCGAGUACGCGCAGCAGCAGCAGGGCGUCCAGGCCCAGCAGGCGCAGCACUCGUACGGGUUCAUGUAAAAAACGUGUCGUCGUCGUUCCCUCCCUCCCUUCUUCCCUUCCUCCUUCCCUUCUUCCUCGCCCGCCCUCUCCCUCUUCUCUCUUCUCUCUACAAUCGCCUACAAAAAGAAUGUUUCCGUCGUCGUCGUCGUUUGCCACCCCGGGUCUCUCCAAGUCGCUCUCCCCCUUCCCCUCUCCCCCUUUUUUGCCCUCCUACCCCCCCUCUCUCUCUCGCCCCGCCCUUGUUUUGUUCUUCUUGAGCAUCUCUGCCUUCCCCGACUCGCUCGUCGUCCGUCUGUGCGGCGGCGGCGGUCAUCUCUCUCCCUUCCCGUCGAUCUUUUUCUAUGUUGCUGCAACCCUGAAGCUCGCAGUCCUCCCCUC